AUGGCCUCUGCGACGAGCAAGACGGCUCUGACUGGCGGUUCUUACGAGCGGAUCGACCAAGAGCAGCACAUCCUCGACGCCCAGCGACAUUACGAGCAGCAAGACUCGCACACGCCCGAUGCCGAGCAUCCCAUCCCGUUGCACGAACUUGGGAACCGGAGUGUCACCGUUUAUAACAACGUCGAGCAGGAGGCCAUUGAGAAGGUACUGACCGUCGUCGACAGGAUCGCGGACAAGCGGCGAGAGGACGGGUUGACGGAAGUGUUCUUCGCCCUGGGGGUGCUCAACCUGAUCCUGAUCACCUUUACCUUCGGCGCCUUUCCGGAGCACUUCUGGGUGCUGUUCGUGUGUGAAGGGUGUGUUUUGUUUCCGCUUCGGUUGUACAAGAUGGAGCAGGCGCGGCCGAAGCAGACGCCGUCGUGGCUGGAGUUCUGUUGGGUCAUGAACUUUUCUGGCUUCGUGUACCUGUUUCUGCUCGCUCUGGACAAGCACGGGAUGCACGAUGCCAACAUUAUCGGGGACUUUCUGUCCAAGUCCACGCGGGAAGAGAUCUUCGUGGUGACGUGGGCGGUAGCGACGGGACCUCUGCUCGGAGCGGUCAUUGCGCUACAAAACGCCAUCGUAUAGAUAUCUGAAUGCUCCUUAUUUUUACGUAGUAGAUAGAGCUGUUCGUUGACUUUUCUGAAUCAGAGUGGCGCUUUUGCUAGUCAUUUUUCCUGCUGGAGUUUUUUUUGUAGUGAAAAAAGAAAACAAAACUAUGAAACUACGCAACCUCUUUCUUUGUCUUUCUUAAGAAAAUUCUUGAUCCGCAAAAAAAAAUAGAUCUUUCACGACGUGAACAACCUGAAUUCCGUCUUCAUUCACUUUUUCCCGGCGCUCGUGUGCUUCACGCUCCGCUGGCGGUCGGAGGCGGUGCGGAAGGCGUGGCCGACGAUGUUUGAGCUGGAUUACUUCGACAAGAUCACCACUUUCCACAUCUGCACUUCCCUCGUAGUGGUCUACGUAUUCUGGUUGAUUCCCUACUCCCUCUGGAUGUUGGUGUACGGCAUGAAGAUGCCGCAAAGGGGGGUGUACGAAACCGUGUUCCACUACAAUAUGCGCGGGGGCUUCCACAAAAAGACGGGACGGUUGUUCGGAAGAAGCCCAGCGGAGAUACAACGCCGGCUGGAGCAGCAGGACUGGGUCUGGCACCAGGUAUCAAGGAAAAGCUUGCCGCGUCGCGAUCAUUUAUCGGCAAUCUUGCAUUACUAAGUACACCAGAAAACUUAAACUACACGAACUGUACCUAUGCAGCAAAAUGCAUCACAGUCUUCAAAUUUCAUACGGAUUCACAAAGAUUUCCCUCGUGAUGUUUGCAAAAUACAAGAAGCAGUAGAAGAAGUCGUUGUACUAAAAAUGCUUCGGAAGAUUUGAUGUCAUGCAAAUAAACCGGCAAAAUAGUCUGAGUGUGACGAACAUCUCUUUUCCUUCCAUACUCGGACUUCCUCGUUUACCAAUUUCUCCAGCUCUGCCUCACCUUUGCGUCCGGCUGGACCUUCUCCGUGCUGUGUUUUCAGUCGGAGUACUUGCACGGUUCGGUGCUGCUCCUAACCCUGUUGUCGAGUGUGUACCACGGAUCCAGGCGGUACACCUACAUCAUCCUCAAGUCCUACGGCGACGGGAUACGAAAGGAGGCCGGGAUUCGGCAAGAGAAUGCGUCGAAAGCUGCGUUGUAGUAGUCCUGCAAAAGUUGGGAUUUCAUUUGGAGAAUUGCAUUUGUUUCGAUUGUACCAAAGGAAGUUGUAAAGUAAAAGUAAUGAAAUGUUGUUGUGCCUCGAUGUAGCAACUGCAACAAUAGCGGAGCUCGAAAAGCUACGGGUUGUUACUCUCUUCACAACGAACGGGCGGGAUGUAAAUGUAGGAUUGAAAGCGAUUCACUUUGUUUCUACUUCCUCCGGCGGUUUCAACCGCUGUAAUACAUACCGAAAUUCAGCAGUUUCGAUGUCAAAAAUAUGAGGGUGCGCAGCACAUCGAUCUCCGACAAGGUUUUAGACGUUCUUCCGCCAUCGCGGCCCAGCUGGUGUAGUGAUUUGUUUGUGA